GUCUCCGAAUUACUUGCUUCAGUCGGUCUCUAAUCAAAUCUAUCAACGCAUUGUCACAGUAAUUUUACAUUUUACAAAGUUUUUAUUUAACGAACACUCAUGACGAUGGCUGCCUCACUGACUCGAAAUCGCCCAAACGAUUAUUUCUAUGACUCGUCGAAUAUAUCCUCGGGUCCGAAGGACUUCUACAAACAAGCAAAGAGUUCUAAGCAAGCAAUGAUGUCUUAUGCAAUUUGUCCGAUUUUCCCAUCGAUGUUCUCAGACCUUCAAAACUACCCGUGCAAACAAUAUGUUAUCAGACGCGCAGCACCAAUUCCAGCUUAUGUGGAAAAGGUCCCGAAAAGCGCUGAGAAAAUGUCGCGCGCAUUCGUCGCCGGCUCGGACCGCUAUAAAUAUUUCCAUAAUAGCCCGAUUUCUAUAACACAAGUCACAAAAGAAACAGUACCGCAGUUGGAUCUGAAUUGUUUCUAUGAUAUUGAUCGUAUACGGAAAUAUGAAGACCAAAAGAGGUUAAUGCGGAAGACGCAAGGGAAAAAUGUCAAAGUACAAACGAUUUAUAGAGAAACCUCGGCGCAGACUUCUCCAUGGCAGCCGGAUUACACUGUCGUUCAGGGUAAUCCGGAGUUAUUAAAAUUAGAUUUUUUAAAAUGGGGUGAAGGCCUGCCCCCUGGAACAGCAGAAAUAGAAUUCAUUGAUAGAAUGCGCAAUAAACACAAAUGGGAAUCAACUUUCCCGGAAGGUAACACCGCCCGAGAUUUCAAACAGAAACGCGAUAUGAUUGUCGAAUUGAAUCGUAUCGAAUGGGCGAACCGCGAACGCGACAUUGAAUUAAUCCAAGCAUUACGUUUAGAACUCUUAGAAAAAAUGCUUAAUGAAAUUCACGAAAAAAGUAAAUGUCGCAAUGAACAAAAGAUGCGCAUGUUUGUCGAUAUGAAAAUUGCAGAGAAACAGGAAAAGAUCGCCAAGGUUCAAAAAUACGCCGAGCGUGAAAAACGACGAUUACGGUUACAAUUCGCUGGCGUUUUAACCCGCUACGGAAAAGUGGAUAUUUUCGACGAGCAUGCGAAUUAUAAUUCUGAGUUGUAUUGCCCAUUGAUGAGAAACGGGACGAAUCCAAGAUACAAACAUGAGGAACUCUGCAAAUUUACUAAAUUAUACAAACCACAGUAUUGCAAUGUAGAGAAUUAUAAUUCCAUACCGAAUCAUUUAUCGUCGAUGGCAGAGCUUGGCGAAAUAAAACUAGGUGGUACACGUCUUUGUAUAAAAGAAACAAAGUGGACGCUGCCUGUACUCAAGAAUUUGUACGAAGAGCUUAAAGAAUUGCGCGUUGAGAGGCAGCAACAUCCUAAUCUACGUGUUUGUAUCCAAAUACCACUUAGUGCUAUACCCACACCGGAAAUUUCGGAUGCUACCGAUAAAAAUCCAGCACUUAAUACUGCUGCAACUUUCCUACAGAAAAUUCUACGCGGUCGUGCUGCACAAAACAGAAUAUUUAUUGGUCGUGAACGUUGUCAUGAAUUAAUCGAUGAACUGCGUGGUAAUUAUGCUCUGCUCAAAGGAGAUGUGUGUAAGAAGGCGCGUAUACGUGAAAAACGCCGAGAGGAUCAACUUAAUGCAAACAGAUGCAUGUCAAAUAUGAAAGCAUUGGAAGGUUCCCUGCGGAAAUUAAGCGGUUCCGUGACCGGUACACUUUUGGACUUCCUCAACAAAGAUUUACAGCGCUUGCGUCGAGAAAGAAGGGCACACGCGUUGAUUCUCUUAGUAGACAGAUUGCGACAGAUCAGGGAAGCGGAGGAGGCCGGACGGAGACAGAAAGAGAUUCGCCGGCGAAAGGAGCACGACGAGAUGUUCAAACAGGUGGUUAAGGUGCAUCAGGACACGGUGGAUCUUUACCUGCAGGAUAUCAUCACCGAAGGCAUGCAAUUUGCGUCCGAGGAGAAAGCCAAUGAAUAUGUGCAAACGAUGUUGUUGAAAGCUGAUCAGGAACAGGCCGAAAUGGAACAGAAUACAAAAGAAUCGGAAAGGGAAGAUUACAUCGCAAGUAUGGUUCAUAACUUUGUUAUUCCGGAGGUGGAGAAGACUAUCAUCCGGGACCGUAUGAAACAACAACAGAAAUUAGAUCUGCUUAAUGCGCAUGAGGAGAUUUAUAAAUUUUUGGAUACUCUGCCCAAACCGGAAGAACAAGAACUUUCUAUUGAAUCUUUCGAGACCGCCUCAACAUCCCAACAAAAAGUAAUCGAGGAGGAGCAGAUCAAAAAAACACAGGAGACCGAACGCCAGACUGUCAUCGAAGACAUCCGCGCCAUCUUGGACGACUUGGUAGCGGUACCGUAUCGUGAAUCAACAUUAAAGCAACUUAUUCCGUGCUCGACGCCGGACGAACCAGACGACACGUCAAGCACCACAGAAACUGUGUAUGAGGAAGAAGGCAGAGAGGAAGGUGAGGGUGAUGAAAUGGACAUCGAAGAGGAGGAGAAGUAUGAGGCAUUGGAGAGUGAGGUUAUAAAGUCCGAAGAUGAGGUUGAUGAAUUAGUCAAUGAGGAAGAAUCGUACGGUGAGGAGGACGAACAAGAAGAAGAGUUGAAACUUCUUCGCGUAUCUCGGCGUCAGAUAGCACAUGUUCUACGUGUUUGUAUCCAAAUACCACUUAGUGCUAUACCCACACCGGAAAUUUCGGAUGCUACCGAUAAAAAUCCAGCACUUAAUACUGCUGCAACUUUCCUACAGAAAAUACUACGCGGUCGUGCUGCACAAAACAGAAUAUUUAUUGGUCGUGAACGUUGUCAUGAAUUAAUCGAUGAACUGCGUGGUAAUUAUGCUCUGCUCAAAGGAGAUGUUUGUAAGAAAGCUCGUAUACGUGAAAAACGCAGAGAAGACCAACUUAAUGCAAACAGAUGCAUGUCAAAUAUGAAAGCAUUGGAAGGUUCCCUGCGGAAAUUAAGCGGUUCCGUGACCGGUACACUUUUGGACUUCCUCAACAAAGAUUUACAGCGCUUGCGUCGCGAAAGAAGGGCACACGCGCUGAUUCUCUUAGUAGACAGAUUGCGACAGAUCAGGGAAGCGGAGGAGGCCGGACGGAGACAGAAAGAGAUUCGCCGGCGAAAGGAACACGACGAGAUGUUCAAACAGGUGGUUAAGGUGCAUCAGGAUACGGUGGAUCUCUACCUGCAGGAUAUCAUCACCGAAGGCAUGCAAUUUGCGUCCGAGGAGAAAGCCAAUGAAUAUGUGCAAACGAUGUUGAUGAAAGCUGAUCAGGAACAGGCCGAAAUGGAACAGAAUACAAAAGAUUCUGAAAGGGAAGAUUACAUCGCAAGUAUGGUUCAUAACUUUGUUAUUCCGGAAGUGGAGAAGACUAUCAUCCGAGAUCGCAUGAAACAACAACAGAAAUUAGAUCUGCUUAAUGCGCAUGAGGAAAUUUAUAAAUUUAUGGAUACUCUGCCUAAACCGGAAGAACAAGAACUUUCUAUUGAAUCUUUCGAGACCGCCUCAACAUCCCAACAAAAAGUGAUCGAGGAGGAGCAGAUCAAAAAAACACAGGAGACCGAACGCCAGACUGUCAUCGAAGACAUCCGCGCCAUCUUGGACGACUUGGUAGCGGUACCGUAUCGUGAAUCAACGUUAAAGCAGCUUAUUCCGUGCUCGACGCCGGACGAACCAGACGACACGUCAAGCACCACAGAAACGGUGUAUGAGGAAGAAGGCAGGGAGGAAGGUGAGGGUGAUGAAAUGGACAUGGAAGAAGAAGAGAAGUAUGAGGCAUUGGAGAGUGAGGUUAUGAAGUCCGAAGAUGAGGUUGAUGAAUUAGUCAAUGAGGAAGAAUCGUACGGUGAGGAGGACGAACAAGAAGAAGAGUUGUAAGUUUUAUUUUCUUUAAAAAAAAUUUAAACUUGAAAAUUCACGGGAAAUAGUAACAAAUAUAAAGUCAUUGGACAUUAUUCACGUA